AAUAUCCUGUUCCUUCAUAUUUCGGAACAAUUGUUGGUGAGAUGAGCGAAAGCCCACGGCUCGGUAAAAGCCUGCUUUCUGUUUAGACGUCCGCCGGGGACAAUUAAACCGCAACGGUUAACGGCUGUUGCCACCGUGCUCCGCAUGUGACCGAGCGGAGAGGGAGGGGCGGGCUGUCUCGUGUAUUGUACCGUGGAACACAGAGUUCUAGUCACCGUAGCUGGGCAACAGCAGCAGCGACGACGACGGACACACCGAGAGAACGCAGACGAUAGAACGCUUCGAGCUCGUAAACCGACAGCGUUCAACACCACAACAACAACAACAACAAAUACAGCAGGAGAGAAGAUGAGCACCAAGAGGAAGGCAGAGAGUCACUCAAGGGCAGCAAACAGACCACGCACCAUGAAGUCUGCAGGCUCCCGGGCUGAUUCAGAGAGAGACUCCGGGUUCUCAGAUGCAAGCUCGGAGCACAUGGGCACAGUGGACAGGACAGACUCUGAGGAUUCACCCCGCCCUGUUGUACAGACGGGACCACAGACUUCUGGCUCGGGCCCUCAGCCCUCCCAGCUGGCUGUGGUGGGAGGCUCCUACUCCAACCUCUCUCCCAUGAUCAUCAUGAACAACGUCCUCCUCAAGCAGCCUGGAGAUAAUCCUCCUGCUCUGAAGCCCUGGGGCUUUAGUCCAACAGUGGAGGUAGUCCAGCAGCCUCAGGUAGUCUUCCUCCAGCCUGUGGUCUCUCGUCAAGCUUCCUCUGCCUCCAAAGAGGCCUCUUCCAGACACAGACGCACUAAGAAGUAUCUUCCAAUCCUGAAAUCUUACCCUAAGAUUGCUCCACAUCCUGGAGACAGCUCCAGUUCCUCAGGUAGAGGAACUGCUUCCUCAUCCUCCUCAUCCUCUUCUUCAGGAUCAGAGAGAGGCAGCAGUUUGACAUCAAACCACCGUCAGAGAGAGAGGCAGCAGAGAAGUCAAUGUGGCGGUGCCAGUAACUCUGGCUCAUCCACUCCCAGUCUUCCUGCUAGCCCCAGCAUGUCUCCUCUGCUCCAGAGCCGACUUUCUCUCCACACAGCAGAAGCCAGUGUCAGCAGGAGCCCUGCCAGGGAGAGGCCUUCAUCAUCUGUCAGCCAGUCAGAGUUCACCACCUCCCUGUCCUUCACUCACACCACUGGCUUAAGGAACGAGACGCUCCCUGUUCCCCGGGGGGCCACCCAAGAGAGCAGCUCACCAGAAGAACAUAACCACAGUGAUAGUGACGCUGAUACAAAGAGGAAGCGCUUCUGCAACACUUACAACAUCCUGAGCAAAUCCGGCCUGCUGGACAUUGCACUCCGCACCAAGGAGCUCCACCGGCAGAACCGAAGAGUCCAGAACGACAUAGACCAGCUAAAAGAACACACGGACCUCUUCCUGCAGGCUCUGCGUAGCGGUGACACCAGCAUCUGUGUUAAGCUACAGGCCAGCUUUCAGGAGGAAGACAGAGAGAAAGAGAGAACUGCUCCGGCCAGCUUAAAGGCAGAUUAGACCGAGACUAGUGCUAGACAGUAAUCCUUUAGACUGAGAUGGGGAAAGGAGGGCCAGAGUUGGGGCGGUUGGAGCAUACAGAGACAGAUGGACCGAAAGUAACAUGCUCCACACAAUACACACCCACCCCCAGACGCUCUCACACAGACAGUGUGCUGUGGCCUACAUUUUGGCUGCCGGCUGCCUUAGGGCUCUGACACACCAACCCAACCUCUGCAGUUUAGUGCAGAUGAAGACUUUUUGUUGCUUUGUGUCUUCUGCUAAGAAGUUUCACGUGAACUCAUUGUUAGACUAAAGCUGGAGGCCAGUUGACCGUCACACCUGCACAUAACAUAUGCUCUGUGUUAGAGGAAAAGUUUUAGUCAGUGGUCUGUGUUUGUAAACCAGGAGAUAUCAAAGAAAGACACUCUUUGUACACUCAAUUAUGAAUUGAGAAUUUGUUUCAAUGGACAUUGUACACUUUGCUUUGCUGCCCCUUGAAUGUUGUCAACUUGUGGGAAAAGAAAAAAUGGACUAAAUGCACUAAUUUGGUAAUGUGCCAGUCAGAGAGCGUUCAAAUGGCCACAGAUGAGGUCUGAUGUGCCAUCAGGAAGACCUGCUGCAAAAACAAUUGCCGAUGGUCAGCCACACACUUACAGCGCUGCCCAGUCACCAGCUGUCUGCUCUGUGUGUCGGGGACCUAAGGUCAAACGGGGCCAGUACCAAAGCUCACUGUUCUGCCAUAUUGAGCCUGACUAAAUCUUUCCACUGAAACUGCUACUCUGCUGCACAGAAAUCUUUUGCUCUUGGCAAUCAAGACCCAAAAUACCUGAGAGAUUUGGAUCUAAAGGCAUGAAGGGAUGAACAAAUACAAAAAAGUUUUUCUUACUAAAAGCACAAUACAGGCUCUGAAAGUACUUUAAUCUAAAACUGGAAAAUAUUGAGUAUACGUACUCAUUCUGAAAGCAGAAUGUCACUACAUGAAUUUAACCAGGCUGACAUUUCUCUUGUUUUUAAUCAUUCAUGGCACUGACGUUAACAGACAUCCAGCUAACAGUCAAAGUGUGUACGUAAUCUAAAUAGUUUUAUGCAGCAGUUAUGUCACAUCCGUGAUUAUGACAGGCUUAAGGAAAUGUUCUCAUGUCACAGUGAAUGCGUCCGGGGCCUCUUGCCAGUCAGGAUCUUUAAAUAGACAAACGUGCCUGAAGUGUCUUUUUAGUUCCUGCUGUAUUUUAAAACUUGAUGUUAAAGAUUUGGCACAGCCUGUUGACGGUUUCAAGUUUAGCAUUCCCAUCAUGUUGAUGGCAGCUAUAAUACAGUACAGACUGGCUACAAGUCAAACUCUUAACAGCCAUUUAGAGAUGCUUCCCUGACAACAUCCCAGGGUUGGUGAAGAGUGCUUCCUAUUCUCUAUUCAUAUUUAUCAGUGACUUGUGUUCUAUAAUUUGUUUUUCUGUAUUUUUUAUACCCAUUUAUGUAAUUUAAUGUGGAAAUAUGAUCUAACUUAUGUGCAGUUUUUCUGUUUUAAGUUCCUUUUUAUUUUUCGUCUGUAUGAAAUAUUCAUUGUGUCCACCUUUUUUUUGAGACUAUCAAGUAAGAUCUCUUGAUAAAGACCAGUUGUUGCAACUUUGACCCUCAAAUCCAGAUUUUUGGUCAGAUUAUUAAUUUUUUGGAUGCUUAUAAAUUAUGGCCUUAUUGUCUAAACCCAGUGUAUGUCACAGAACUUUGCAUUUGCACUAAAACGAUCAGAGAGUAGCUCUGAAGCAAUUGCUGGGCAGAAUUUAAUGGCAGCUAAGGUAGUUUUUGUUUAGGUUAAAGUACAUAAAGUGCAUUGUGAGGCAACAGAAACACACUACCAGUGUAAACAUACUGUUCCUUUAGAACAGCCUACAACAUUUACAUUGACAGAUUGUUUUACUACUAGCAGUUUUGUCUGUAUUAAAACCCAUUUUUGCAUAUUUUGUCUUUACCUACACAAUAAUAUUUAGUGUGAUGAUGAUGAUGUACUCGCUGUACUUAUGUUGACCUUAAAAUGGCUCAUGAGGAACAUCUCAAUCAUGGGGUCAUUUACUACUUUAGCAGUCUUAUCCCAUGUGAACACGAUUCAGUUGAGUUUAAAAAAGGGUUUGGGUCAUGUAUUCUGUGACAACCUUUAUGAAUGAAUUGUGGGUGUUUUGGAAAUAACAUCACUUUUUGUUAAAUAUCUCAGCUUUAUGGUAGGUUCACUUUCAGCUUUUAUGUUGUUAACAGAACAGUAGUGUCAGUCAGUGGACAUUUUGACUCAUUUGAUGUGUGUUUAGGGUUAUUGUCACAUUGCACCUGAGGCAGUCAGCUCGGAACAUUUUAGUUUGUUUCUGUCUUCCAGCUAUAAUGAAUAGUUCAAGCUAAUGAGUGCAGCCAGACAGACUCACACGAGUUUCCUGCAGUAUUCAGUAGAUGAUGUCACAGUGACAUUUUAGAACUUUCUAUCAUCAAGUAAACAUGCUGAAUGGGCCAUUUUUAAUCCCACAAUUCAUUAUAAAAGAAGCUAAAUGUGUCUUCUGUGUUUGUGUGAUGCAAGUUGCAGAAAUAUUUAAGACUCUUUACACUCGAACAAUAGUGUAAACUUAAUGACAAAGUUAUAAAAGCCAGUUAUCUUAUUGCAAAAUUAUUUUCCAUCCACUUGCGCUAUUGUCGCUCUAAUAGAUCAGUAAUUAGUUUUAAUACCACAUGUCCUUAAUGAAGGCCUUAUUAAGACACUCGAGGACAGCAGCAACACUGCGGACACUAUUUUAGUCGUUGCCUUGGUCAAAAACAAAUACCAAUCUGUCUCAACUCUGUUUACAGAGUGGAGACUCUACCACUGCAAAUAUUCCUUCUUUAUUUCUUUAACUAGCACAUUUACCCAAACUUUAAAUGUCUACAAUGAUUACAGAAUUCAUUUUAGGAGUUUGGUAGACCUGAAUGUUGAUAUUGUUCUUAACGGGUCACUGUAGAGUCUGAAAUGCUUAAAAAUAGUUUAAUAGCCUGCAGAUAAAAUUAGAUCAUGCUGUUCUGAUACUGUUUCACAUUCAGUGGAAUACAUAGUGGUACUGAAACAUCAAAUGGGUCAAUGAUGUUUUGGCUGAUAAUAGCAAAACAACACUGGUCACGUCCCUCUUUCACCAUAUUAGGUUUAUUUAUUACAGACCGCUUACCAUCAGCUCACAGUAAUCUGAAGUUUAUUUUUGUUUACAUGGAUCCACACUGCUGUGGUUACACUUGUCAAUGUUAUUGACUGGACUGAAUCAAACUAUAUGUCUCCGGUGCCGCUACUCUAUGUGCUGUCGAUGUGUCGAUUGUCAUUGCUGUCGUCUUAGGUGACCGCAAUUUUCUGUUUCAACUUUCAAAAAAAAAAAAAGUUGAUUGAAAAAGGGUCAUGGCUGUUUUUUUGUACAGUAGGACACCUUUGAUUUAUAACACUGGAUUUUGAGUUUUCCAUCUAAAUGUUGGCAGCUUUGUUUCCUCAGUGCAUUUCAGUCUGCCGUCUUUCAUUUUAAAUAUGCUGAAAAUGUUUGUGAAAAGGAUCGUGGUUGUUUUAUCAAAUAGUUUCAGUAGUACACCAGCAGCAGUGAUGGACACAAUGAUGAUUACCACAAAUAAUCCCUGUAGUAGAAUUAGGCAGACUGAAUGUAAUGUGGCUCGCUGGCAAUCUUUUUUCUAUUCAAAAAAAUGUAAAUGCAAUUGCUGAAAUCUUUAAUGGGACUUUACCAAAACAUGAGUUUCAUGUCUCACUGUUUUAAACAUCUGGAUGUGGAACUUGGAUAUCUUAGAUAAUGAUACGUCAGCUAUACCAAUCAAAGAUCAGUAGACUAAGAUUUACAGAGGGGUUGAUGUAACAUGCUUUAGGGCUCUUUUUGUACAUUUUCAAUUAGAGACUCAUUGCUUGUGUAAUAAAUGUGAUUCCAAAAAAA